AUGUCGGAAUCGCUCAAAGCUUUGUCCAAUCAUCUGUCCAAGGAGAUCGGCGAUUACUCCGACUCGUCCGGCCCGGAUGGCUUCGCCCAGCGCAAGAGGAUCAUCGCCCUCGCCCGGGAAAUCAUCGACGAUGUUCAAGACCCGCGCGAGAAACCGUUCGAUGACUACUGCGUGUGGAUGGCCGAGAUGGGUGCUCUGCGCCUCUUGAUGGACUGGCGCGCGCUUGAGCACAUUCCUUCUGACGGGUGCAUCUCUUAUGCUGAUUUGGCUGCCAAGGUCAAUGCUGAAGAGCCUUUGCUGCGUCGAUUCGCAUGGGUGCUUGUGUCCACCGGCGUCCUCAGACAGAUCGGCGACGAUUGCGUCGCCCACACCAAAUUCUCGCCGAUAUACGCAAAUGACGUCCCGCAAGGCAAAUUUUUUCAGAUCAUGUUCGAUGAGGGUCUUGUGCCUUACUCGAAGUUCCCAGAGUACUUCAGGAAGUACGGCCGCAAGGAGCCCCUGGAGCCGACGCACUCUCCCCAUGGCUUCGGCUGGGGCGUGCCAGAGAAGAACUUCUGGGAUGCAUGCACAGCAGAGCGCAUUGCCGCCGUCAACAUCAGCAUGCAAACGCUGGACCAAAAGCUGCCCGUGGUCGGAAUUUACCCGUUCGAGUGGAUUGUGGAGAACGCUGACAAGGUUUCACCCGAUGCGCCACUCGUCGUCGACGUCGGUGGCGGCAAGGGCCAGGUGCUCGCGCAGAUCAAGGGAAAGCUGCCUGAACUCCCCUCCGAGCGCCUCGUUCUUCAGGAUCGAGAGCCUACCAUCAAGGAAGCCGAGGAAAGCAGGCCGCCGCAGCUGAAGGGCGCGAGGUUCAUGGUCCAUGACUUCUUCCAGCCGCAGCCCGUCAAGGGAGCACUGGUAUACUUCCUCCGCCGUAUCAUGCAUGACUGGUCGGACAAGUACAAUGCGCAAAUCCUCGGCCACUGUAAGGAUGCGAUGACACCACACUCGCGCAUCAUCAUAAUGGACCAGGUCAUGCCGAACCCGCCGACGACCCUGCCGUCCCAGACGGACAUCUGCAUGAUGAACCUUGGUGCGAAGGAGCGAACCAUCAAGGAUUGGCAUACGCUGAUUGACUUGGCCGGGCUGGAUCUCGUUAAGAUUUGGCAGAUACCCUCGUCGGAAGUGUCGGUAAUUGAGUGCAAAAAGAGGGCUGAGGCGUAA